AAUUGUGUCUCGCACGUGUUAUUCGAUAUUGUGAAACGUUAAACGUAUGACAUCUGUCGACACGUUGGAGGUUAUGAAUGGAGAUAUUUUAACCAAAUUUUCGAACAAGUGAUUCACUACUGUUUUUUUAGUGACUAAUAGAACUGGAUUGUAAAUAUGUUUACAUACAUGCAUCCAAGAGACGGCGUAUUGUGUUGAAAUAUUACAUCAGUGAUUUUACACGGACUGUGUAUCUUGAAGGAUAUUCCAAAGGGCACUCGCUCGAAGGACACGUGCUACGAGGGACCAGAAAUCGUGACAGAUCUCCGAGAUAUUUGAAAGUGGACAGUGACUGAAAUUUUUCUGUGGCACUAGGAUACGUCGCGUUUGUAUUUCCAUGGAUCGAUUUUCCUGGAUGAUCGCGGUCUUUUCGGUGAAACGUGAUCGCUAGUCAUUAGCGUGGAGAUAGAACGCGCGGCGCGCGUAAAGUGAGUGAUUAGUUCGGAGUGUCGCCGCGAGGGCUUCCGCUGCAGGUGUCACGCCGUCGCAAGACAUUGACCGUGACAUUCGAGAGACAUCCGCGCGGAGAUACGGUGAAACGUAGCCACAAACGAGGUGAAUCAGUUAGUGACUGAAUUAUUAUUCUAGUGCACGCGUUUUUUCUUUUAUUCCUUUUACGAUAUACUGUGUGACCGACGAAAAUACCAAACCUCGAUUUUGCUAACUCGUUCACGAGUUUGAUUUUGAUCGUCAUCCAUGUGCUUGCGUGUUUCGUGAAUGAAGCCGAUCGUAACGGUUGUUCGCGAAAGAUUUUUAAGUGCAAUCCCGUGACCCGCGGCUGCGGGUGAAAUAUAUUAAACGUGGCUCACACGGCGAGGGACAGGGCCGCCGAACUCCAGGCGGAAGUAAGGAGCGCGAUCAGGGUUCUUCAUGGCUGGUGCCCUAGGCCUCCCCAGGGGCACCGCGGUGACACGGUCCUGAUGUCACCACAGACUCAAAUGCGAGGAAAUCAUAGAAACGGAGGACCAACUCAGCAACCACCGCCAGCCACUGUCGUAGUCAGUUCAACGUCCAGUAUGAGACCACCGCCACCGCCACCGCCCCCCAGAGCUAGAGCCUCCAACGAGGGCAAAGGCCACCACGAAGAACCGACCAGCUCCAUUCCUGAUCUCGGUAAUCUAGGAAUAUCUGACGCUGAUGGGAAAAUAAUGGCUCCAAUGCGUGAUACCUUUUACAUCCUCGCUCGUAACUUGAGUUUUCCAUUUCCGCACUAA